AUGGUUUGGAGGUGGGUUGAUUUGGCAAUCGAGGUUCUUCUAAAAUGGAACGCCAAAAACAUAGCUUCUUCAAGAAUUGAACACGAGAUAAAAACCGAAAACCCGUGUUGUGGAGGUGGGUUGAUUUGCUUUUGUGGUUUCAUGAUUUGUUUCUCCAUUAUCAUCUUCAUCAUCGACUCUAUGAACAUUGUUGUGGAUCAAAUGAAGUUUCACAAUCGCAAAACUAUCAUCGAGUCUCUGAAAUCCGUUUGGUUGCGACUUGAGUUCAUUGAUUUUCAGACUUUUCCUCCAGGUUUGGAUCUUAAAAGCCAAAAGGUACCAAAAAAACAAAUUGAUGAUGGUUUUGGUGGUAGUUGGAAUGGUGAGUGUGGAUGAUCUCCGGCGGCGGUGGCCAGGGAGGAUGUCAAGUCAUCUAACUACUCCGGACACGAUCAUAACAACAAGAAGGACAAGGCAAACGCGAAGAAGGCGCCGAUCAAUGUCCUGACUGAUGUAUCUAAAGAAAAUAUUGAAGAAAAGUAUAUGGUGGAUAGGGAACUUGGGCGCGGUGAAUUCGGAGUUACUUACCUGUGUAUAGAUCGGAGUUCGAGGGAGUUGCUUGCUUGCAAGUCGAUUUCGAAGAGGAAGCUACGGACGGCGGUGGAUGUGGAUGAUGUGAGGAGGGAAGUAGCGAUCAUGAAGCACUUGCCGGAUAAUUCGAGUAUUGUGACGUUUAGAGAGGCUUGUGAGGAUGAGAAUGCUGUGCAUUUGGUGAUGGAGUUGUGUGAGGGCGGGGAACUUUUUGAUCGGAUCGUUGCUCGGGGGCAUUAUACGGAGCGUGCGGCUGCUGCUGUUACCAGGACGAUGGUGGAAGUUGUGCAGCUUUGUCAUAAGCAUGGAGUGAUUCAUAGAGACUUGAAACCGGAGAAUUUUUUGUUUGCGAACAAGAAGGAGAAUUCGCCUCUCAAAGCUAUUGAUUUCGGCCUAUCUAUCUUCUUUAAGCCAGGUGAAAAGUUCUCUGAAAUUGUUGGAAGCCCUUAUUACAUGGCUCCAGAGGUACUUAAGCGUAGCUAUGGACCAGAGAUUGAUAUAUGGAGUGCAGGAGUCAUUCUUUAUAUUCUUUUAUGUGGUGUUCCUCCAUUCUGGGCAGAAUCUGAACAAGGGGUUGCACAGGCUAUUCUUCGUGGGCUAAUUGAUUUCAAACGUGAACCAUGGCCCAGUGUUUCAGAAGGUGCCAAGAGUCUUGUACGCCAAAUGUUAGAACCAGAUCCAAAGCUCCGCCUUACAGCUAUGCAAGUACUUGAACAUCCUUGGCUCCAAAAUGCUAAAAAAGCUCCUAAUGUUCCACUUGGUGAUGUUGUCAAGUCAAGACUAAAGCAGUUCUCAUUAAUGAAUCGAUUCAAGAGAAAGGCUCUUAGGGUUAUUGCGGAUUUCUUUUCCAAUGAAGAACUUGAAGACAUUAAGGACACGUUUAAAACGAUAGAUACAGAUGACGAUGGUAUUAUUACAAUUGAAGAGUUAAAAACCGGAUUACAAAAAUUGAAUACACAACUUGCUGAGUCAGAAGUACAACUCCUUAUUGAAGCUGUAGAUACAAAUGGAAAAGGUAGUUUGGAUUACGGGGAAUUUGCUGCUGUUUCACUCCACCUUAAAAAAAUGGCAAAUGACGAACAUCUUCACAAGGCUUUCUCAUAUUUUGACAAAGACAGUAACGGCUUCAUAGAGCCAGACGAGCUUCGUGCUUCCUUAAUGGAAGACGGAGACGACGACUGUUCAAAUAUCGCAAAUGACAUCUUCCAAGAAGUUGACACAGAUAAGGAUGGAAAAAUCAGCUACGAGGAGUUUGCGGCGAUGAUGAAAACAGGAACGGAUUGGAGAAAAGCUUCUCGACAUUAUUCGAGGGGACGAUUUAACAGCUUGAGUGUAAAGCUCAUGAAAGAUGGUUCUCUGAAUUUGGGGAACACAGAGUAAGGAUUGAAUUUGUUUUGUAAUUAUAUCUUGUCUUGUUGGUAGCAUAUGGUUACACUAGUGUAUGGUUUUGAAAUAGUGUUUUGAACUUGAUGUAGGUGUUUGUGUUUGUUGGUUUGUUUGUUUACUAAGCAUUAACUGUCCUCCACACCAACUAAUCUUACCGAAAAAUAAAAAUCUGAAUCGAAUUGGGAAAACCAGUUGUAUGGUUUUGGUUUUUAAUUUUUUAUACAGGUGGAGACUUUAAAGCUCAUGAAAGAUGGUUCUC